UCAUCACUUUUGUUGCCAAUAUCCUCAUUGCUCUCCUCCCUCUGACUACUUUAGUCCCAGCAGAGGAACUGGGGAUCCAGACUGCACUGGGAGAUGAGGAGAAGCUGAGGAGGAGGCAUUGGGUACCACAGGCUGAAGCCCUGGGCUCCAUCACAGGAGAGGACAAAGUUGAUCUCAAGGACAACUGAGAGCAUCUCCCUCCAUUUCCCUUCAUUGGCCUCUGCCCUGCCCUUCUCUGUUCCUGGCCAUGGAUCGGUCCGCACAAGAGCUCUUCCUCAAUUUCAUGAUUGUGCUGAUAACGGUGCUACUCAUGUGGCUUCUGGUGAAGUCUUACCAAGACUGAAAGACUCUUGCAAACUCCCUGGAGUCAUUGAAGGAUGCGUGCUUGGAGAUGGAUGUAGAGGAACGUGCCUUUGUAUGCCCAACAUCUUUGGCUCUGCGUGGAAAUACCAUAAUGUAUAUUUUUUACUCUAAAAUACCUCCUGCCUAUACUCAUCUAAAUGUUCAGAUGGAUCUAGGAUGAUGUACGUUAUUCUAUAAUAAUUUAUCUAAAAAGCAUGGAAUCUUGUGCUCCCCCUCCCUAAGAAUCAGUGCAUACACCUGAUUUGGAGCCAUGGUUGCUAGAUCCAUUUGUGCUAGGCCUGUCGGUUUACUAACCACUGUUGUACAGCUUUCAUUGUUUCAGCUCUGUGUACUCAGAUCAAUUGGGCUGAAAGAAAUUUGGUGACUCUUCUUUCACCCACUGUUGCUGUCAUUUGAAUAAAGAAGGAAAUAUGAUGCA